GUGUGUGUGUGUGUGUGUGUGUGUGUGUGUGUGUGUGCAGGUAAAAGCGAGACGCCCCCGGCCCGUAAAGCGAUCCUAACACCAUGAAUAAUAGAGAAUGUCGUGGCAGAGAAGAUAAGUCCUUUGAGCAAGGCUCCUUUUUCACAGGGCUUUCUCCUGUGGCCCACGUGACCACAGAGGUGUCACAAAUUUUUCAUGAGUUGUGUUUGUGGGUUGCAUGUUCAUAUACUGCCCAGGUAAGAAACCAUCCGGUGGUGAUUCCCCCCCUCAGAGUGGCCUGGAUCUGUAGAUCUCCAGUGGUGCAAACCCAGGCUCCUCUGAGUCCCACAAGCCCAGAACCUCCCUGCAGCCAAGGGUCAAAUGAGUUGUCUUACACCAUUAGAAACUUAAGGCAACAUUUACGAAACUAAAAGCCAGGGAAGUGGAUGAAUAAAAGAUGCCGUCGAAACAGAAAAAAUCCUCGGCUUCGGAGGAAACCGAAGAGGUUGAUGACGAAGUGGAGGACGCUGAGCCAAGUUUAGAGGAAAGGGUCAACGGUUUGACCCACGGGGACACCACAAAAAGGAAAAAGAGUCGGAAGAAACAUAAGAGUCCGGAGUGCUCUGAGGUGCAGGAGCUCACGGAAAAAGGGAAGAAGGUAAAGGAGGGCGAUAAGGUGAAAAAGAGGAAAAAGAAACCAGACGAUGAUGCUGCUGAAGCUGAUGCUGUGGUUUCAAGUAAAGAUGCUGAGAGUGAGCAGAACAACAAUGAGGCUACAACCAAACGUAAAAAGGAGAAAUCUGAGAGACUUAAAGAGGAAGUGACAGAUAGAGUCAAGGAGGAAAAGAAAAAGCAGAAGAAGAAGCCACCUUUAGAAAAUCCAGAAGAAGAGGAGGAGAUGGGUUCCAAGGAUAAAAAGUCCAAAGAUGCCAAGAAGAAGAAAAAGUCUCAUGAUGAUGAUGAUGACUCCUUAGUCGAGGAGCAGGAAGAAGAGGAGGACCCAAAAAAGAAGAAAAAGAAAAAGGGAAAGAAGAGCUCUGCAGGCAGUGAUGACGAUAAAAAGAAAAAGGGAAAAAAGUCCAAAAAUAAACAGGUGGACUAUGCUGCUAUCUACCAGAAUGAGCUGCUGAACUACCACACUGACUCCUCUGAUGGCUAUGAAGAUGAGUACUACAAAAAGAAAGUCUACGAGGUGGUCACUAUUACAGGUGAUGUAAAAGGAGCUGGGACCGAUGCUAAUGUCUUUGUUACCCUUUUUGGAGAUUUUGGCGUCUCGCCUAAGGUUCACCUGGCGAGCAACACAGAGAAGAGAAGCCGGACCGCAUUUGAGAAGAACAAGACGGAUGUUUUUCGUAUUAAAACGCACAAUGUGGGACCUCUGAAAAAGCUAAGGAUCGAGCACGACAACACGGGAAUGAGCGCCAGCUGGUUCUUGGACAGGAUGGUGGUGACGGAUGUGAUCCGGCCCAAUAUGCGCUAUUAUUUCGCCUGCAGCAACUGGCUGAGCCGGGAGGAGGGCGACAACUUGUUUGUCAGGGACCUACUGGGCAGCCUGAACCCCAUGGACGUCCCAAAAUUGAACAAAUAUCUUGUAAGCGUGUUCACUGCAGAUAUGAAGGGAAGCGGAACUGAUGCAGAUGUCUUCCUGAAUAUCUUCGGAGAAUAUGGUGACACAGGAGAAAGAAGACUGGACAGUGACAAGGACAACUUUGAGCGUGGGUCAGAGGACAAGUUUACCAUAGAGGCUCCAAACCUCGGAAGGCUGAGAAAAAUUACUAUUGGCCACAACAAUAGAGGCUCGUCGGCUGGGUGGUUUCUAGAUAAGGCACAUACAGUUGAAACAUGCAUGCAUGACCUUUAA